AUUUGGACAAAAUUUCUGUCGGCAAAUUUGAAAGACCUUUAACAAAAGAUGAAGUAAUAUCAAUAAUACGUGAAGUAUUUACUGGUGGAUUAGAUACUACUUCAAACUCUUUAUCAUACAUUAUUUUCUAUCUUGCUAAACAUCGAGAUGUCUAUUUGAAAAUGAGACAAGAAGUAUUAGAUGUUUAUGGCACACUUAACAAUCCUGUGCUUACAUUGGAGUCAGCUGGAAAACUCAAAUAUAUAGAAGCUGUUAUCUAUGAAAGUAUCCGCAUGUUUCCUACAGUAUCAAAUAUACCUCGUGCUGCAACCGAAGAUAUUGAAUUUGAUGGUUUUAUAAUUAAAACCGACACAACAGUUCAUACUGAUUUUCUCGUGUUAAAUCAUAAUCCUAAAUACUUUAAAGAUCCUGAAACUUUUAAUCCUGAUAGAUUCUUGACUGAUAAAGAAUCGAUUCUUAAAUACGUUUAUAUUCCUUUUGGGAAUGGUGUACGCGCGUGCCCUGGUCGAGCCUGGGCUAUGGUACAAAUGAAAACUUUCUUGGUUAAACUUGUUUGUACAUUUGAUAUAGAUUCAAAUGAUAAAAAUGAUACUCCUAAGUCUUCUUAUCAUGCC